AUGAGGAACUACUCUGCCAUCACAGAGUUCAUCUUGGUGGGUCUUUCCAACUCCCCUGAACAUCAGCCGUUCAUCUUCGGGCUAUUCACUUUCAUCUAUUCAGCAGCGCUGGCAGGCAACUGUCUCAUCAGCCUCGCUAUCACUUGUAGCAGCAGACUCCAUACCCCAAUGUACUUCUUGCUCAUCAAUUUGUCUGUAGUCAAUGUGUGUUCUAUUUCUAUUACAGUCCCCAAAAUGCUGCAAACAAUUUUGUCACAAAGGAAGAGUAUUACACUCGCAGGUUGCAUUGCACAGGUGUAUCUGUUUGUCUUGGCUUUGGGGAUUGAACUCCUGCUCCUUGCAUUCAUGGCUUUUGACCGCUAUGCUGCAAUCUGCCAUCCUUUGCAGUAUGUUUUCAUCAUGAGGAAAGAGUUUUGCCUUGGAGUAGUGGCUGCAUUGUGGCUAAUAGGCAUGGCCAAUUCUGCAGUCCACACAGGACUUGUACUACAGCUUUCCUUCUGCAAUUCCAACAUCAUCAACCAUUUCUUCUGUGAGCUGCCACCAAUGUUCAAGAUCUCAUGCUCAGACACAAGUUUGAAUGAAACCAUGGUUUUUACUUCUUCUGUUAUCGUUGCAAUAGGUAGUUGUACACUGACAUUAACAUCUUAUUUUUUUAUCCUAAGAACUAUCCUCAGCAUCCAUUCAACAGAAGGGAAGAAGAAAGCCUUCUCGACAUGCUCUUCUCAUCUCUUGGUUGUCAGUUUUUACUACUCCACAAUCAUCUAUACUUUCCUUCGACCUGCCUCAGCCUACUCAUUAGAGGAGGAUAAAGUCAUUGCUAUCAUUUACUCAGUAGUAACCCCUGUAAUCAAUCCACUCAUAUACUCUCUGCGAAACACUGAUGUUAAAGAGGCUCUUUCAAAUCUAAUACUUAGAAGACUUUUUCAGAGAAAUUAG